GGACGUCAUCAAACGUCAUUAGUACUAUCAGCAACAGUCACCGGACUCACCGGACGUGGUCACCUUACCCGUCCAGCCAAACAGGAAUAUAGUUUAGUCAAAUUGAGUCAAGUCGAGUCGCAUUGCCAAGUGUGUAUCUCGCAUAUUGUACAAAAUCUUAAUCGGAUAAAUGGCAGGUCAUAAUUAUCUGAGCGAUCCGAGGAAUCCGUUUUUCUCGUUAGAGGACGACGUGGACGAUGAGACAUUUCUGAGGAACGCACCAACAAGAAACUUAUCCGCGGGGCGUUAUCACACCUUGGAUAAUGAUAUAGAGCAAAAUCGUCAACAGUUGCUGCAACGUAGAAAGGAACUCGAGGAACGCACGGUACAAUCCUCAGAAAGAUCUGUUUCGCUUCUGAGAGACUCUGAGCAAAUUGGUGUGGCUACAGCAGAGGAAUUAAUCAGGCAAAAAGAACAAUUACAGAGGACAGAAAAAAGAUUAGACGAUAUUAACAGUACAUUAAGAUUUAGUCAAAAACAUAUACAAGGCAUAAAGAGUGUAUUUGGUAGUUUGAAAAAUUAUCUCAGUGGCAAAUCAUUAGACGCUCCAAUACCAUCCACAAAAUUGUCAGAAUCUUCAAGUUCUGGAUCUAUGACAUCACCUGCAUUGUCCAAUACAUUAGAGCAAGUGCAAAAUGACAUGAGCAAUUCCUAUUCGUCGACAAUGAUAAGAGGAGGUUACAACGAUAAUAGUUUGGAAGAUAUUAAACCUACAAGUGACAGAGUAACCAGAGUUCUCGAACAGAAUCUAAACGAAAUGAGUGGAUCAUUGGCAAGGUUGAAACAUCUAGCAAUUGGUUUAUCUGAAGAAAUUGAUUCACAAAACGAUCUGAUUGAUACCAUUACUGAUAAGACAGAGAAAGCAGAUAUAACAUUGCAGCAGCAAAAUAAAGAUAUGUUACAUCUAUUGAAGAAAUAAGUUCAACGAUCGUUAUAUCACAUGAACUUCUUGCUUAUAAUAUAUUAUGAUACUAUGAUAUAUUAACUGUACUUCUAUGAAGUAUAGAUAUAUGUUACCCGAUAAAGCAAUUGGUAUUGGUUGACAUUAAUUUGUAUUGUUAAGUCUGAUGCAUGUCAGCCAUGCAAGGUUUAUACCGUGCGAGGUGUUUUAUAGAGUUUUUCACAAGGCGAGAUUGCGCAUUCUUUGUAAUAUAAUUUAUGAUAUGAAACUAGAACACGUUAGAAUUUAUGAUCUUUAAUAAGGAAGAACUUUUCUUUCUAAGAACUAACCUUAUCGAUGAUCUUUGUACGAGUGCUUUAUGCUAAUACUAAACAAAAAGAUUUUCAUUAUUUCUCAAGGUCUUUUUUGUAGUCUUUUAAAAUGGAAACUGUGAUAAGCAUACACAUACACCCAUAUGUAAUAAUUAUAAACCAAUUUUAAUUUGAUCUUGAUUUUAUAAUCAAUAUAAAAACAUAUGGUUUACUGAAGAAAUAAAAAAAUUAGCAAAACUAUA